UUAGUUCAUACCAUUUAACCUCCUUUGCAACGUCGUCGGAUCCUGCCCCCCCCCCCCCCCUUCUACUGACAUACGGCAUUCUAAAACCACACGUUUCACUGUGGUGCGCGAAACAUUUUCGUCCAUAACCCCAAUAGUUUCCGUCUUUUCCCACGAGGGCUUACACCAUCACUACCAUCAUGACACCCUCCGCCACCAACGGUGACGCCGCCGCCGCUUCGUCCCGGUUCCAUGCCUCCUCGACCAAAUCCGCCAUCGCGGCGGAGAACGAGUAUGCUGCCCACAAUUACCACCCCAUUCCCGUUGUCUUUGCCCGCGCCCAAGGAGUCAACGUCUGGGAUCCAGAGGGCAAGCACUAUCUCGAUCUCCUCUCUGCCUACAGCGCCGUCAACCAAGGCCACUGUCACCCGGAGCUGAUCAAAGCCCUGGCUGAGCAGGCUGGUCGCCUCACGUUGAGCUCGAGAGCCUUUUACAAUGAUGUGUUCCCCGUAUGGGCCGCAAAGGUCCGCGACCUCUUCGGCUAUGAUAUGGUGCUGCCCAUGAACACUGGUGCCGAGGCCGUUGAGACAGCUAUCAAGAUCGCGAGAAAGUGGGCAUACAAGGUCAAGGGGGUCCCACAGGGCAAGGCCCAUGUAUUCAGCGUGGCUGACAACUUCCACGGUCGAACGAUGACCGCCAUUUCAUUGUCUACCGAUCCGGAAUCGCGCGAUAACUAUGGGCCAUACGUUCCAAAUAUCGGUGCAAUCUGUCCUACGACGGGCAGGCAGAUCAGGUACAAUAACAUCUCGGAUCUGGAGAUCGUCCUAGAGGCGCAUGGGGCCGAGACGGCUGCUUUCAUUGUAGAGCCCAUCCAGGGUGAGGCAGGUGUUGUUGUGCCGGAUGACGACUAUCUUGCCAAAGUACAUGCGCUAUGCAAGAAGCACAAUGUCCUCUUCAUUUGUGACGAGAUCCAGACCGGCAUUGCCCGCACAGGCAAGAUGCUGUGUUGCAACUGGGCUGGAAUCAAGCCCGACAUUGUAACCCUUGGCAAAGCUAUCUCGGGCGGCAUGUACCCCGUCAGUUGCGUGCUUGCUGACAAGGACGUCAUGAUGGUUGUCGAGCCCGGCACUCAUGGGUCCACCUACGGCGGUAACCCAUUGGGCUGUGCUGUAUCUAUUCGUGCGUUAGAGCUGGUUGAGGAGGGUAAGCUUGCGGACCAGGCCGACCAUCUUGGCCGGAUUUUCCGUGAAGGCGUCGAAGCGUUCAAGUCUCCAAUUGUCCAGCAGGUCAGAGGCAAGGGGCUUCUCAAUGCUGUUGUCAUCGACGAGUCAGCGGCAGGGGGAAGGACCGCGUGGGAUCUUUGCAUGCUGCUGAAAUCGAAGGGUCUACUGGCCAAACCAACGCACGGGAACAUAAUCCGAUUCGCGCCACCCCUCAUUAUCACGGAGGAGGAACUGAAAAAGGCGCUCAGCAUCAUAGGGGAAGCAUUGACCGAGCUUCCGACUGCGGAGAAGGGUGAUGGUCACUAAUUACCAAGAAUGUCUGGAUGGAAGGAUUAUACAGACUGGAGGGAGGUGGGGGAUUCUUCGGGCCUCGGGGCUGGAACAAGGUUAGGUACAUAACCUCGACUCAGAGAGCUAAUAAAAGCUCGGCGCGUUCGCAAGCUCAACCAGCUUCAUCGCGCAGGUUUUUGGGUUUUUGGGUUUUUCUUUCUUUCUUUCUUUCUCUCCCUACCCGUGUAUAUCACGGGAGUGGGAAAACGAUGCGAACUGUUGGAUACUACUAUACACACUGGUUUGUCUCGUAGGACGGGGUCGUUUGGAUCGUACCUCAUCCUGACUAGGAAAAAUCUGGGUAGCCUCUCUUCCCUACCAUAGAAUAUUGGAGUCUAUGAAUCAAUACCCCCUCAGCACAGAUCAGUUGGAAAACAAAAGUGAGCCGACAAGAUAAAACGAAAGAUUCUG